CGAAGAGAUCCGCCGCUGCCCCCACCCCUGGGGCCGCGGCUGGCCGGGACUACAACUCCCGGGGUGCACCGCUCUGCCACGCCACGCCCCUCCCCCAGCACCGUCCGGUCCAUCCCCAUCCCCCGCCUCCAGUCCCCGACCUGCUGCAGCCCGAGCCGGGGAAGCGGAGUGUGGUGGGGAGGGGAGCGGUGCAGGCGACCCGGGAGACAGCGGCGCCGCGGCCUCUCCCCACCAAGCGGGCCCGGAUGCCACUGGACACCCAGAGGGCACACCGACCCCUCCCCUCUUCUCUAGAUUGAUUUGCAUCCUUCUCGCCCUUACCCUCCCCACCCUUGCCUGUGCUCCGGGCCUCCGCCCUCUGCUCACUCUGGGACCGGCCCUUCUCGGCUUCCCUCUUCCCUAGGGAGAUGCGAUGAGCCGGUGCCCCCGCGUCCUCCUCGCCGCCCCGGGCGCGGUGCCCGUCCAGUGCCCGUGGUGGGGAGGGAGUACCUCGCGGUCCCUCCGUGACGCCCCUCCUCUGGGCCCCCCCCCAGCUGGCGUCCCUGGGCCAUGCCCCGGGGGACCCAGCCAGGGGGUGGGCUCUAGAGCGAGGGGCGUGGAGAGGAGAAGGGACGGGGCCUUGGGCGCCUCUGAGAUGCUCCCAAGCGCCUGGUGGGGCCGAGAGAGGCAUAGGCAUCCGGGCGGCAGGCAGGAUGCCCUCGCCUAGUGACUCCAGCCGCUCGCUGACCAGCCGGCCCAGCACCCGGGGCCUGACCCACCUCGGCCUCCACCGGCCCUGGCUGCAGGCCCUGCUCACGCUGGGGCUGGCCCAGGUGCUCCUGGGCAUCCUGGUGGUCACCUUCAGCAUGGUGGCCUCCUCCGUCACUACCACCGAGAGCGUCAAGAGGUCCUGCCCGUCUUGGGCUGGGUUCUCGGGCUGGGUGCAUCCUGUGGCAAGGGGCUCACACAGAUGCUUCCCUGCCAGGCUGAGCCUGUGCCCACUCUGUCCCCAGCUGGCGUUCUCCGGGGUUGUUGGCAUCGUGUCCUGGAAGCGGCCAUUCACCCUGGUGAUCUCCUUCUUCUCCUUGCUCUCGGUGCUCUGUGUCAUGCUGAGCAUGGCGGGCUCUGUCCUCUCCUGUAAGAAUGCCCAGCUGGCCCGAGACUUCCACCAGUGUUCCAUGGACGGAAAGGUCUGUGUGUGCUGUCCCCCUGUCCCCCUAGUCCGGCCCUGUCCCGAGUCAGGGCAGGAACUGAAAGUGGCCCUUAACUCCACCUGUGAAGAAGCCCGAGGGGCCCUCAAGAACCUGCUCUUCAGCGUCUGUGGGCUCACCAUCUGUGCCGCCAUCGUCUGUACCCUCUCUGCUAUCGUCUGCUGUGUCCAGAUCUUUUCCCUGGACCUUGUACAUACGCAGCUGGCCCCCGAGCGCUCCGUCUCAGCUACCCUGGGGUCUCUGGCCUGCACAGCCUCACCCCCAGCCCCUCUCCUACACACCAUGCUGGACUUGGAGGAAUUUGUACCGCCCGUGCCCCCACCGCCCUACUAUCCCCCAGAGUACACCUGCAGCUCUGAAACAGAUGCACAGAGCAUCACGUACAAUGGCUCCAUGGACAGCCCCGUGCCCUUGUACCCUACCGACUGCCCCCCUUCAUAUGAGGCCGUCAUGGGGCUCCGAGGAGACAGCCAGGCCACGCUGUUUGAUCCUCAGCUUCAUGAUGGCUCCUGUGUCUGUGAGCGGGUGGCCUCCAUUGUAGAUGUGUCCAUGGACAGCGGGUCUCUGGUGCUGUCCGCCAUCGGUGACCUCCCCGGGGGCUCUAGCCCGUCCGAGGACUCGUGCCUGCUGGAGCUGCAGGGCUCCGUGCGCUCCGUUGACUACGUGCUCUUCCGCUCCAUCCAGCGCAGCCGCGCCGGCUACUGCCUCAGCCUGGACUGCGGCCUGCGGGGCCCCUUUGAGGACAGCCCCCUGCCUCGGCGGCCCCCGCGGGCCGCGCGCUCCUAUUCCUGCUCUACCCCUGAGGGCCCACCCACUCUGGGCGCCCCCACGGCUGCCCGCAGCUGCCACCGCCUGGAGGGCUGGCCGCCCUGGGUGGGCCCCUGCUUCCCCGAGCUGAGGCGGCGGGCUCCACGGGGAGGUGGCCGCCAGGCGGCUGCGGCAGCGGUGACAGCAGCAGCACCCCCCACGCGAGCCCCCACACGGCGCUUCAGCGACAGCUCAGGUUCCCUUACCCCACCGGGGCACCGGCCGCCUCAUCCGGCUCCCCCGCCACCGCUGCUGUUGCCGCGGUCCCACAGCGACCCGGGCAUCACCACCUCCAGCGACAAUGCUGACUUCAGGGACCUUUAUACCAAAGUGCUUGAGGAAGAAGCUGCUUCUGUCUCCUCUGCAGAUACAGGGCUCUGCUCUGAGGCCUGCCUCUUCCGCCUAGCCCGCUGCCCUUCCCCUAAGUUGCUGCGUGCCCGCUCAGCUGAGAAACGACGCCCUGUGCCCGCCUUCCAGAAAGUUCCCCUGCCCUCAGGCCCUGCACCUGCCCACUCCCUGGGGGAUCUGAAGGGCAGCUGGCCAGGCCGGGGCCUGGUCACUCGUUUCCUCCUGAUGUCCAGGAAGGCCCCAGACCCCACUGGGCCUGCAGCUCGUGGGCAGAAGCAGGUGCCCCGGAGCCCGUGGAGCCGGUCAGGCCGAGAGAGCCUCCACCUUCGUAGCUGUGGUGAUCUGAGCUACGGCUCUUCCCUGCGGCGCCUCCUGUCCGGCCGCCGGCUGGAGCGUGCCGCCCGCCCCCACAGCCUGAGUCUCAAUGGGGGCAGCCGGGAGACCGGGCUCUGACCUGAGCUGCUUGUCACACUGAACAGAUCCAGAUGACUGCUGGGGCCACAGGCACCAUCUGGUUGGGACCAGCAGCCCCCAGCGCCCCCUUGCACUGGCUGGCACAAAAAUCUGCUGUUACCGCCCCCCCGCCAAGAUGUCCCUUUUCCUCCUACCUUUGGGAGCUCCUGCUGCUUGCCUCUGCCCCUCCGGACUGGGCGUUUCUGACCUGUGCUGCAGGGGUGUUGGGGCUUGGGGGGAGGGGCAGACGCCCUAGUUUACAGCACUCCCGUCCCUGCGGUAUGAACGUGGUUCCUUGUGAUGAGUGGGAGCACUCGGGCCCCAGUGUUAAGUAGAGCGGAGGUGUGCCUGUGGGCCAGGUGGUGAGGCAGGCCCGGGGCGGCCGACGUCUGAGCGGCUCCAGCUCCACCGCCUCUAGCUGCAUGAACCUGGGCGAGUUAUUUAAUAACCUCGAUUGCCUCAUCCGAGAAACAUUGUGAAGAUGAAUGUUUGUAAAGCUCUUACCACCUAAGUACGCCUUCAAUAAAUUCCCACUUUCCCCUUCUCUCCGCAUCGUUCUGUGUCAACAAGGAAAUCUGCCCUCCUAGUCCUCAUAUCUAAAACGACCCUUUCAAGCCUCUGUUUCUUUCCAGCAACCACAGGACCUCUGCUGCUUUCACAGCAAAUGCUUUUCUCUUCCCUCCACUCCUGCACCUCUAUCCUCUCCUCGCUGCCAUUACGCGCUCUCCCCUGCCUCUCCCAGCCACUGCCCUUGACAAUGCUUUCUGUGAUCAAAGUGGUUUUAGAUCCAGCGACCAUUUCUCUGCCUGCAUCUCAUUUGACC